UGUGGGUUUGCUCCGCUCAGUUUAGCGAGCAGCCGUGAUCAGGUCAGUAGUCUUAGGUGAAGAGGCGGAGGAGAUUACGCGUUACCGGGUCUUUUCUCCACCGAGCUUUCAGCCGGCGAGGGUGCACCCCAGAGGCGAACCUAUUCAGGGUUUCUGCCUCCAGCUCCUCUCGCCGUUUCGGAACGUGAACCGGCGUUCACCUCAUCGUCUAAGCGCCACUCUCGAGAAGCGGAGGCAGGAUGGAGUUCAAGCUGGAGGCUCACCGCAUCGUCAGCAUCUCCCUCGGCAAGAUCUACAACUCGCGGGUCCAGCGCGGCGGCAUCAAGCUGCACAAGAACCUCUUGGUGUCGUUGGUGCUGCGCAGCGCCCGCCAGGUCUACCUGAGUGACCCAUGCCCUGGCCUCUACCUGGCCGGCCCUACGGGUACUCCGGCGGUGCCACCGCCUCAGCAGCCCGGAGAGCCGGUGGCCGGGCCACCCUCGGGCUGGGGAGAACCGCCUCCCCCUGCCGGCCGCGCCGCCUGGCCGGAGCCCGAGCCGCCGCCUCAGCGCCCCAUGGUGUGCCACACACCGGGAGCGGGAAGCUCAGAGCCGGUGACUUCAGUGGCCGGAGCAGGGGACGCUCUCCGCGGCGGAGAGACGGACUCGGCGGCAGCUGCUUGCUGUCCCCCGGCCCGGGAGGAGCAGCCUGUCGGGGACGGCUCCCCCGCGCCACCCGCCCCGUGUCCCAGGAAGCGCGGCGCAGCGGGAGUGGGUGGUGGCCGCGCUGGUUGCCCGGCGCCUGGCUCGACCCCUCUCAAGAAGCCGCGCCGGAACUCGGAGGAGCAGCCGAGCACCACCGAUGAGGACACCGACGAGGAGAUGGAGACCGGGAACGUGGCAAACCUCAUCAGCAUCUUCGGGUCUAGCUUCUCGGGACUCCUACGGAAAAGCCCUGCGGGCGGCCGGGAGGAAGAGGAGGCGGAGGAGAGCGGCCCGGAAGCCGCCGAACCCGGGCAGAUCUGCUGCGACAAGCCGGUGCUGAGAGACAUGAGCCCCUGGAGCACAGCCAUCGUGGCCUUCUGAGUUCCCGGGGCCCGAGCGGCUGGAGCUUGAGCAGCGGGCGUCCCCGAAGUGCGGCCGUGGCCUUUUCCCGGCCUCGAGGGCGAGCCGAGACCGUUGGCGCUGGGCGCGAAGGGGAGACUGGUUGCUGCCGGGCAGCACAUCGCCCCGAACGGGGCAGCCCGGCUGGGCCGUGGCUCUCGAGUCUCACGUAGAGACCUAGAGUUGGAGGCUUAUCGGAAGAGGACGAUCGAUCGUUAACUUUUGUGUCUGUGUGUGUCCGUGUGUAAGUUUGUCUUGUGUUGAGACUGUUUGUUCUGUGGUUCUGGAAUGCACCACCCCUUCCCCGGGGCUUGAGACUUUUGGGGGCGCAGACCGGGACUUUCCUCCGCCAGCAGCACAGAAAAGGAAGCUGCUGAAAGGCUCGAGGCAGGGGAGUUCCCCGCUCGAUCUUGGGGGAGAGAGGGACUUUACACACUCUCAUGAAAGCUAGAACCUCAUCAGGCGCGGAGUGGCGUUUCCUCACAGGAUUUCCUCAGACUAGAGGGAGUUCGUCUGGAGUAGAGACUUGUAUUAUUUUUCUCCCUCCCCACCUUUCUCUAGCACAGAAGAAGCGCUUCUACCCUGUGAUUACUCUGGGACAGCAGAACAUUAAGGGACCUUCAAUUCCCCAAAGGGGAAAAAAAGCUUGGUGAACUUCACAGAAGAGUUCAAGCUUGGAAAUACGGAGUUUAUAGAGAAAAGAUAUAUUUUUAAAAGCUCUAGCUCAGAACUUACUACACAGUGCUUUUAAAAAGUGUUUAAUGAAACAAAGUUUACAGACGAGCUCUAAGUGGAAGGACCUUAUGGUUUUGUAGAUAUGGUGACUCCAGUCUUUGUUGUAUAAAGGUUGGGGGAGCUGAUAAGGGUUUUGUACAGUAUUUUCUCCUCCUCUGUAUUGAUUUUUGUAUAAAAAUGUAACUUUACGUGUCUAACACGUAUUAAAUAUUUUGAAGCAA